AUGUCGAGCGACGAAGAUGAAAUGCGGCAGCUGCGCGCAACCAGCAGCUACGCUGCAGCAGCUAAGGACCGACAGCAGCAGCAGCGGCAUGCAGCAGCUGCAGCAGCAGCAGCAGCAGCACGACGCCCAGUAGCUGCUGCAGAUGACAGCAGCAGCAGCGACGACGACAGCUUCGGCCCGCGGCCAUUGAGCACAGCAGCAGCAGCAGCAGCACCGCGGGGCCUCAGAAGCUGCAAAGAAGAAAACCCGGAGAACCUUCCCACGGCAACAGCAACAGCAGCAGCAGCAGCAGCAGCAGCAGAGUCUGAGGAAAGCGAAGAAGAUGAUGUUGUUGUCGACGAAUCUGCUGCUGCUGCUCUUGCUGCUAUGGGCCUUCCCUCCAACUUCGGGGGCGAGCUGCUGCUGCACCCGAAAGGGCGCAGCAAAAAGAACAGCAGAAGCAGCAGCAGCAGGAAGCGCAGCAACAGCAGCAGCACGCGCGCCAGCAGCAGCAGCAGCAGGGCUCUCGACUCUCUCACAAAGAGAGAGCCUUCAGCAGAUGCUGCUGCUGCUGCGGGCAGCAGCAGCAGCAGCAGCAGCAGCAGCAAACUGGUGAACACAGGCUUGUAUGAGGAGUUGGACCCGUGGCUCUCCCCGCUGCUUGCCGGCUGGCGGGAAGGCGCAGCAGACGCAGCAGCAGCAGACGCAGCAGCAGCAGCAGCAGCAGCAGAUUCAACAGCAGCAGCAGCAGCAGCAGAACUGCCACUGUAUGGCCGCUUCUCGCUGGACUGCCACGGCCCCACAGCCACAACAGCUUUUAGCCUUUCGGCCUCUGGGACCCACUUGGUAUUUCUUUAA